AUGGAGAAACAGAGUGAGACGGAUGGUACACACCACACAGCAACGACAGGAUACAUCCUGCUGGGGCUUCAGGAGCACCCCAGCCCAGAGACUGCCCUCUUCAUGCUUUGUCUGGGCAUCUACUGCAUGACUCUACUGGGAAACUUGCUCCUUGUGGGGCCGAUCGUGCUGGACCCUCGCCUGCACAGUCCCAUGUACUUCCUUCUUAGCAACCUCUCUCGUAUAGACAUCUGUGGCACCUCCUCCUCCAUGCCUCUCAUGUUAGUCAACUUCCUAGAAGCCCAGAAAGCCAUCUCCUUCCUCAGUGGCGCCCUGCGGAUGUACCUGACCCUGGCACUAGGGGCUAGAGUGAUUGCCCUGGCUGUGAUGGCAUAUGACUGGUAUGUGGCUAUCUGCCAGCCACUCAGAUACUCGGAGCUCGUAAGUGGGGCGGUAUGCACACGAAUGGCAGCACUGGGCUGGGGAACACAUUUUGCCAGCUCACUGCUGCAGUCCAUCCUUGUCUGGCACCUGCCCUUCUGUGGCCAUGAUGUCAUCAAUCAUUUCUUCUGUGAGAUCUUGGCAGUGCUGAAAUUGGCCUGUGGGGACAUCUCCCUCAAUGCGCUGACAUUAAUGGAGGCCACAGCUGUCCUGUCACUGACCCCAUUCCUGCUCAUCUGCCUCUCCUACAUUUUCACCCUGGUUGCCAUUCUUAGGGUACCCUCUGCUGCAGGCCAGCACAAAGCCUUCUCUACCUGCUCUGCCCACCUCACAGUGGUGCUGGUUGUCUAUGGAGCCAUCUCCUUCUUGUACCUCAAGCCCAAGGCCAAAGACCCCAGUAUGGAUAAGAGCAUCACACUAUUCUAUGGGGCUGUGGCACCCUCUCUGAGCACCCUCAUCUACAGCCUGAGGAACAUGGAGGUGAGAGCCACUGUCACUGCUCUCCUGGGAGGAGAUCUGUUCUCCAGGAAAAUGUCCUACUUUCACUGCUGUCCUCCAUCUCUAGCAAUCACAGCAGGCUAG